AUGGUGGACUCUGAUUUUCCCGACGGUGGUCUUAAAGCGUGGCUCGUCGCAUUUGGUGGCAUGUGUUGCACGUUUACAACAUUCGGCUAUGUGAACGCCUGGGGCGUUUUCCAAGCAUACUAUCAGGAAACUAUUCUAAGGGACUCAUCACCUUCAAGCAUCGCAUGGAUCGGCUCUGUACAAUACUGCCUUGUGUUCCUUCCGGGGAUCCUCGUUGGCCGCCUUUUCGACUUGGGAUACUUCCACACGAUCCUUCUUUCUUGUAGCGCCUUACUCGUUCUCGCGACCUUUCUGACCGCCGAAUGCACUGCAUACUGGCAAUUUCUUCUCUGCCAGGGAUUCGUAGUCGGGCUCGCCUGCGGUGGAAUAUUCGGGCCUGCGAUGGCCGUCAUUGCCCAUUGGUUCAAAAAGAAAAGAGGCAUGGCUUUAGGGCUCGUGGCCAUUGGUUCAUCAAUAGGCGGCACCGUCAUUCCGAUCAUGGCUAGGAAUCUGAUUCCUCGUAUUGGAUUCUCGUGGACAAUGCGGGUCAACGGUUUCGUUCUUUUGGCUACCCUCUGUUUGGCAAAUGCCACUUUGAAGCGGCGUUUACCACCGACGAACGUCAUUGGUGGCCUCUUCAACUUGCACUCUUUGAGAUCCGCUACUUUCUCCUGCUACUGUGCCUCCGCUUUUUUCGUUUUUCUCGGAAUUUACACCAUGUUGACGUAUAUCGAUGUCAGUGCAGUGUCGCUAGGCAUUUCGGCUGGCCUCUCUUUCUAUCUAGUCGCCAUCGUGAACUGUUCCAGCGGUGUCGGACGAUAUAUUGCCGGAGGUCUCUCUGACCGUUACGGCCCGCUUAAUAUCAUGAUUCCUCUGACCUCAUUUGCGGCCAUAUUCACCUAUGCCUGGCCGUUUGCCCCAAACGAAGCAUCCCUGAUUUGCGUUGCCGUUCUAUAUGGGUUUUCGUCCGGCGCUUAUAUGUCUUUACUGCCGAGCCCCUUGAUGGCGAUGGGCGAGCCGAGCGAUGUCGGUCGUCGAUUCGGCAUGUGUAUGAGCAUCCUGUCCAUCGGGGCGCUAAUCGGUCCCCCGAUAUCUGGAGAUAUCAAUUCCGCGACGAAGGGAUUCCAGGCAGUUGGGUUCUUUGCAGGUGCUACGAUACUUCUGGGUGUUGUGCUGAUGAUCAUUACACGGUAUCUCCUUCUUGGGAGAUCUUUGGGAAGAAUAUAG